AUGUCUGACUCUGAAGACGUCACUGAUACGGAAAAUGGUCUAGCAAGGAAGCAAGUAGUAGGAUAUGGCUACGAGUCAGAUUCCGAAGCCAAUCUCUCCGAUGAUUCAGAGAGUUCCUCAAAAGCUGUUGAGCUGAAGGAAGCACCUAAGGAUGCGAUAAGUGAAGAAGAUGAAGACGAUAUGUUUGCCAGUGAUGACGAAACUCAAAAAAAGAUCGAGAAUUUAGAUGAUGAAGAGACAGAUGCUUUUGAUCUCGAUAAAUUUGAACUCGAAAACCAACCCACUCUGGGUGAUGGUGAUAAUGAAAAUUCGGGAGCUAAAGAUGAAAUCGAAUUAGAGGCAUUCAGUUUGAGAAAGGAGGUUGAAGAUGGAGAAUUCAACGACGGAUCUACCUAUGCCAAAGCAACAAGAGAUGAUGAUGAAGAAUUCUGGAUGGAAGGGCUCGAAAAGAGUGAUAUAGCAAAGGCAAAGAUAGCACAAGAGCUCCAGGAUCGCAAAAAAGCAGAUACCAAGCAACUACGAUCGAAAGAUGUACUUAUCGGCGCACUCAUUGAUUUGCUUGAGCCAUCUGAAACCCCUUAUGAGGCGUUGAGUAGGCUACGCCCUGCCAAAUCCAAGCGAAGCAAACGUACUAAUGACAGCAUAGAGAACGAAAAGAAACGCAAAUCCCAGGUUUUUGAGCUCACGGAUAUAUGCGAGACAUUGCUCAACUCCUACAACACAUCGCAGAUAUAUGAAGUGAGCCGCGAGCAGCUCAUGAGAGCUUUCAAGCAGUUAUCCGGAAGAGAACAUGAAACAAGGGGUACCAAAAGGUCCGCUGAUGAGGCAGAGAUCUCACAAGAGCACCAGGCUGACCACAGUGAGGCUGAGGAUGACGAUAAUGACCCGAAGAUUUGGGAAUUCCGCUGGAUCGGUGAACAAGAUAUCAACGGGCCAUAUACAACAUACGAAAUGAGAUACUGGGUUGACAAUUAUUUCGAGAAUAAGGCAGAAGCUCGCAAAUGUGGCGAGGAUGCCUUUUUACAUAUCUCGGAAUUGGAUUUUGCGGACGAAUCUUAA